AUGGGAACCACAAAGUACCUUCUCAUCACCAGUUUUCUGUUGUUCUUGGGCCCGUUCUUUGACAUCGCAGAUGGGAAGCCUCAACUCAUUUACAUCAGACACAAGAUAGGUAAACAUGUGGAAACUCUGGAAUCGGAAAUGGGAGACCUUAAGGUAAAAAGGAAGGUAAACCAGUUAAUUUAUGCACAAACAACAACCAACACUACAGCAACAACAACUACACCUGCAACAACAACUACACCAGCAGUUACUACAGUAACCACUACUACUGGGACAACAGUUACUACAGGAUCCACUGCCACUGGGGCAACAGUUAUUACAGGAUCCACUACUACUGGGAUAACAGCUACUACAAGAUCCACUGGUAUUGGGGCUUCAACUACUACAGCAUCUUCUGCAACUGGGUCUACAGGAACCACAUCCACUGCUACAAAUAAUGGAAUACAAACCUCCGCUGGAGGGAACAGUGCCACGACCCAGAGCACUACCGAAACCACUUCUGACCAACUUGCAGUUCCAUACUGGGGUAUUAUCUUGAUGGGAUUAGUAGCAAUUCUGGGAGUUGCCUUAAUCUUGGGAUUGCUGUUUGGAUUCUUGGCCUGUGCAAGGACCUCUGCCACCUACGCUGUAGAGAGUUAUCCUGCAUACUUUACACAUUCGAGGUGGUGGAACCCUACACGUCUCUCCAUGGUCCGAGACCCUGAGCAUGGAAUCCAGCCAAGACCAAACAUUAGACGACUAUCAAGCCAGACAGAGAACUAUGAACUACAUCAAAGAACACAACAAUCUGGACAGAGCCACAAAUAA